GUCGUCAUGUCUCUAUCUUUAGUUUGCUGGCAUUGAUACACAUGAUUUUCUGAUAAAUGCUCGACCAAAUUGUCAUAGCACAAAGAUGUACUGUAAUCCUCCAUGUUUUUUCCAGCAGUAACGUAUCAAUGUUCCUCACCUCUUUGCAAGAUCUCAGCAUGUUUCUUUCUCUGCAUCAAUGCCCAACAUCUACCACCUCCUAUCACCACCAGUGUUGGUCAAUCUCUAUAAUCCUUGCUUACGUAAUUUGCAUUCCAGUGUUUAUCAACACUUCCUCUUAGUAUCCUCGCCAGCUUACAAAGCUGCAUAUACUUGGGCUAUCAUUACACUUUGCGUGUGUCGUCAUGCUUUUCCCGUCUUUCCCUCCCUAUCCUAGUUGUUAAGGUGAAAUCCACUCGGCUUGAGGCAGCUUUAUCAAGUCUGCCAAUUUGCCA